AUGAAUCGAAUUGCAGUCAAGGUGGACACGGAUGUCAUUCCCGUCACCGGGAUCGAAGAACUGGGAAAGCAUUUAGACGAAUUAAUCGCAGAUCCGAGUCUAUUGCCAAUCCCUAAGUUAUUUGACGAUGUCGAACUUCAACUUACGGACGCGAACAUACUACCUCUGAUCCCACGGCUUCUUCCAAAGAUCACUGAAAUCCUCAAACAGUAUCAGCAGGAUCCCGCAGUUUUAUGUAGCUUAGCGAUCAAGCUUCUUGGUCCUUUAAGCUUCACUCAAAUACUGUCUCUAGCUCCAGAAGAAGCUCUGAUACAAGCCUUGCGAUCUCCUGCCCCGUCGGCAAAUAUCCUUGGUAUGGUUGUUAUCGAAAAAGCUGCCAAAUCUCCAAGCGACGCUGCUAUCUUGGGCAUGAUGAAAAACUUGGUUACCAACUUCUUAACUCAGUGGCUGAGUGCCCCGCAGGUGGAAGUAGGGGAGAAAGGUACCAAAGUUUUAGGUGACGUUCUGGAUGUCGACUGCGAUACCCGUCCACCCGACGACUUAUCUGUGAACGGGAUGGAGAUUGUCGUUAGAAAACAACCUGGCCAGGGGCUUGUGUGGAGACGAAUUUUCCAAGAUCACGACAUAUACGAUCUAAUAUUAUCACUUUGCGUCAGUGGCCAACUUGGUUCCCAACAACAGUCGCUUGCUCAAGGUCGCCUACUUCGGGUCUUACCACGCCUGGCAGCCCUAAACUUCCGAGCGGUUACUUGGACGGACUUUUCCGAUCUGAAUCAGCGAUACUCUAACAUCAAUGGCAAUGGCGGAUUGCUACAUUUUGCUGCCUUGCACAUGGUAGACAAGGGGGACAUGUUGGUCCAUCUUAACCUUGUCGACUUCUUCGAGGCUUUCCUGAGUAUUCAGAGAAUUACGCCAUUCUCUACCUACAAGAUGGACACUCUUACUAAGCUAUUAAAGGAUGCUACUGCACAAGAUAAUGUCUUGAAGGCAUCGAUUUUCACUUUGCCUGAGCGUACCAUACCUGAAGAAGCCGAAGAUCUGGGCCGGUUCAUAAGAGAAGUCUUGAAUUCUCAGUAA